ACUUCACAGGUUUUGUCGGUAAGCUGUUAUGAUAGUAUAGCUAUUGCACCGGGGGUCUUUUUUCUUCUUAGCAUUGACAAUUGGAAUUGCUGAAUUAUGAGUUGCGGCCACGCUCACGGCUACCACAGCCCUCCUCAGGAAGAAACGUUAUCACCAUCAUCGACAACCAUGGGCGGCGGAACCCCCUUCUCAAAUGCCUCGGCUGGCACCUCCAGCUACCCACAACUAAACUUCACACCAAAGGGCCAACAGAUUCGCGACAUCUACCAAGAACGCCUAAGGCAGUUCACCGCGCAGGGGCAAUACGAGAGCAAGAACCUCCGCUCAAUGUUCAUUAGUGACAGCGAGGACUCCAGCGAGUACGUCAAGCUGCAAGUCUACUCCGUCCCGGACCUGAAGCGUAUUCCGUUCGACGAGGCCGUUAAGGGCAAGUUCAAGAGCACCUCUAAGGGCCAGAGUUUUGGACCGUCGUGGUCGACGCAUUGGUUUAGGGUUAGGAUCACCGUGCCGACGAGGAUGCUGAAGCAGGAGAGGCUGGAGUUUCACUGGGAUGGGAAUUGCGAGGGGUUGGUGUGGACGAAGGAGGGUGAGCCUGUGCAGGGGCUUACCGGUGGUGGGGAGAGGGUUGAGUAUCAGAUUCCUGAGCAGUGGAGGGACGGUAAGGAGCAUUUGCUUUAUGUCGAGUUGGCAUGCAAUGGCAUGUUUGGGAACGCUCCCGGUGGGGACAGCAUCCAGCCACCGGAUCCGAAUCGAUACUUCCAAUUGACAAAGGCGGAUAUUGUCGUGCCGAAUUUGCAAGCUCAGGGGUUGUACAUCGACUUCUGGAUACUGGGAGAUGCAUCGCGGGAGUUUCCUGGGGAUUCUUGGGAAUCGCAUACGGCUACCCAGGUUGCCAAUGAUAUCGUAAACACUUUCGUUCCCGGAUCUCAAGAGUCUAUCCUGCGAUGCCGGAUGAUUGCCGCAAGAUACCUUGGUGGUAACGUUGAUUCUGCGAAGGUUUACGAUUCGGAUCUUGAGCCAAUUGUGUAUGGAAUUGGACAUUGUCAUAUCGAUACUUGCUGGCUCUGGCCGUUUGAUGAGACGAAACGCAAGGUGGCGCGCUCAUGGUCCUCUCAGUGCAAUCUCCUGGACAGGUAUCCGGAGCAUAGAUUCACCGCUUCCUCUGCGCAGCAGUACAAGUGGCUUGAGCAGUACUAUCCCAAGCUCUUUGAGAGAGUUCGCAAUCAUGUCAAGAAAGGCACGUUUCAGUAUAUUGGUGGAAGUUGGGUCGAGCAUGACACAAAUAUGCCGAGUGGGGAGAGUUUGGUGAGACAGUUUAUCCUUGGACAACGCUACUUCCAGAGCAGAUUCGGGGAGAGGUGUACCACCUUUUGGCUGCCUGACACCUUUGGAUAUAGUGCGCAAUUGCCGCAGCUGUGCAGACUUGCGGGAAUGACUAGGUUCUUGACGCAGAAGCUUUCAUGGAAUAAUAUCAACAAGUUCCCACACACAACUUUCAACUGGAUUGCCCUUGAUGGGUCUCAGGUCCUGUGUCACAUGCCUCCAAGCGAGACAUAUACUGCUCAGGCACACUUUGGCGAUGUCAAGCGGUCAGUCACUCAGCACAAGUCUAUGGACGAGGAUACCACCUCGCUGCUUGUCUUUGGUCACGGAGAUGGUGGAGGUGGGCCCACCGCCGAGCACAUUGAGAAGCUUCGUCGCUGCCGCGGCAUGAGCGACACUAUUGGUCUCCUUCCUCGUGUUAAGAUGGGUGAUAGUGUCGACGAUUUCUUCUCCCGGUUAGAGAAGAAGCAGGGGUCUGCAAAGAAGUUCGUGACUUGGUACGGAGAGCUGUACUUUGAACUUCACAGAGGAACGUACACUACCCAAAGCAACAACAAGAAGAACAAUCGCCGAGCCGAAGUGGCAUUGAAGAACGUUGAACUAUUGUCUGCAUAUGCCAGCUUGAGCAGUAUCUAUGGAUACAAGUACCCGAAGAAGGACAUAGAUGAGUUAUGGGAAAUCAUAUGCUUAUGCCAAUUUCACGACUGCCUUCCCGGGUCAUCUAUCGAGAUGUGCUAUCGGGAUUCUGAUAAACUUUAUGCUGAGCUUUUCCGGAGGUGUGGGGAACUCAUCGAGGAAUCCGGUCUGGCUCUUGGUAUUAAGUCUGCUCCGGGCUCUGACACUAAGCCUUUUGCUGUGAAUACCCUCCCUUGGGACCGCACGGAGCUGGUUAAGCUUCCGAAAGAGGUGGCUGGAGCUUGUCAGAAGGGGGCAGACGGCAGCGAAUACGGCUUCUUGGGGACUGAAGGACUUGUUCAAGUUUCUGACGACGGUCCGAAGGUUACCGUUACCGAAACUGCAAAAGAUGUUUACGUUCUUGCGAACGAUAAACUGCAGGUUACGGUUGAGAAUGGAGUAAUCACCAGUCUGAUUGACCGCGAGUUGGAACGUGAGGUCAUUCCGGAGGGUGCUAGGGCUAACCAGUUGGUUAUUAUGGAUGACAAGCCCUUGUACUGGCAAGCAUGGGACGUCGAGGUCUAUCACCUAGAGACUCGUCGGGAGUUGCCCACGGGCAAAGUUUCCGUUUAUGAGAAUGGGCCAUACAGGGCCAGUGUCCUUGUCGAGACCCAGAUUAGCGAGACCAGUUGGAUCAAGACCAUCAUUAGUCUUCAAGCUGCAGUGAAUGGCGCGGGUAGCCUUGUCGAAUUCGACAACGAAAUCGAAUGGAGAGAAGACAUGAAGUUUUUGAAAGUUGAAUUCCCCGUGGACGUUCACAACACAGAGGCCUCCUACGAAACCCAAUACGGCAUUGUCCGCCGACCAACUCACUACAACACCUCCUGGGACAUGGCCAAAUUCGAGGUCUGCUGCCACAAAUGGGCCGACCUGUCCGAACACAAUUUUGGCGUGUCCAUCCUCAACGAUUGCAAAUACGGUUUCGCCACGGUCGGAAACGUCAUGCGUCUCUCCCUAAUCCGAGCUCCGAAGGCGCCAGACGCGCACGCAGACAUGGGCCGUCACACAUUCCGCUACGCUAUCCUCCCGCACCACGGGCCAGUGGGAGAAACCACCGUUCGAACAGCCAUGGCUUUCAACAACCCGCUAGAACCGGGCCAUGUUUCAGCCAACGAAAUGGAGAACGUGAGAGAGCUUUUAGAGACCAUUAGAGUCGAAGGAGGGAGUAAGAGCAUAGUCCUGGACACCGUCAAGAGGGGCGAGGAUGACGAGGACGUUUCCACCGGUGGGAUUCCAACUAGGAAGGGACGGAGUCUGGUGCUUAGGUUUUAUGACAGUCUUGGUGGGAAGGGGUCUACCACUGUCCAUACGAGAUUACUCGUCAAGGCGGUUUAUAAGACUAAUGUCCUCGAGGACGAUAUCUCGGAGGUUGCUCUGGCUGAGACUGCAACGGGACACAAAUGCUUUAAAAUUAUGCUGAGACCUUUUGAGGUUGCGACGUAUAGGUUGCAGCUUUAGGCGCUGCGGGGGACGGUUGUGUAUCGUGCUCAGUUUGGCGGUGUAAUGGAUGAAAUGAAUUUGAGACUUUUUUUAAAAAA